AUGAACCAGACGGUGGAGGUUCUUGCAGACGCGAAGAAAGCAGCGGAUCGUGCAAACAUUAAGGGCAUUCUUAAGGGUUCAUGUGAGAUAUCCAGAUGUGUAGAUUGUUUUAAGCAGUUGGAGAGUUGUCCUUUCAACAUACAACUUAUCGAUACUCAUAACAUCUUCAAGAAGCUUGAAUAUCUGAGUAAGCACAAGAGACGAAAGAUAUGUUCUGCGGCUUCUCGAGUUAUCGACGUCUGGAAGAAGAGGAUACUCACGAAAGAUUCUUGUCCUGCUCCAAGAAACUCAUGUUCAACGCAUCGUCAUAUCAUUCGGAUCAAGCUGCUGCCGAAAGUUCCUGCCGAACCCUCCUCUAAGACUGUCUCAAAGUUGUCAUCCGGAGCUCCUCCUCAACGCUCAUCUCUGAAGACAGAACACUCUGAUGAUUCUUCAACCAAAGGGACUACCAUUUGCCUGAAGAUUCCACUGGAAACUCCUCACCGACCUGCCUCUCAAAAUGUGAAAGAUGCAUCCAGAGGGAAAAUAAGAACCAUGCUUGAAGAGGCCCUGUCUAAGGUAGCAUCUGAGAUUGGGGAGAAAGUGCAUGUAUCUAUACGUGAUUACAUCAAGGUUGCUGCAGAGGUGGAGUAUGAGAUGUUCAGAAAGCUGGGUCCUUGCGUUGGGAAUCAAAAGCUCAAGUAUAGGUCCAUUCUGUUCAACCUCAGGGAUCCAAAGAAUCCAGAUUUGAGGAGAAGAGUUGUUUGUGGAGAAAUCAAGCCUGCUGAUCUCCUUAACGUGAAAAGUGAAGAGUUAGCCAACAAUCAAAUCAAAUUUGAGAUCAGUCAAAUAAAAGAAAAGGCUGGACUUAGAGAACAAGCUUUGCUGCAGUAA